GGUGAACUAUUUAUCAACUUACAAAAAUAGUCUAUUUCUCUUUAAAGUAUAGAUAUUGUCAACUUAUUUAUUACAAAUUAUAGUUAGAUAAAUUUAUUAACCAUCCCAACUAACAAAAUUGGUUUUAAACAAUUAAUUGUUAUUCUAUAGACUACAGAAAAACGGUUGAUUCACUGUUCAACAUGUUACUUUACUGCCAGUAAACUUCGGAACGCAGCCGUAAAGGUUCACAUUCCAGUAUAGUAUAUAAUUAACUGAAUAUCAUAAGAAUAAACGUUUUUUGUCAUGUACAAAUUAAUACGAACGUGUAAACGCUUGAUAAAUACCGAAGCGAAAUGUCUGAAUGAAACACAAUGGAUAAAACCAAUCGGUCACGACACCGAAGUGACUGUGUAUAACCCGAUAACGAAAUGCAAAGUACCUCUGAUCUUAAAAACCAAAAAUAUUUUGAAAUGGUACAUGUGUGGCCCUACAGUAUACGACUCGGCUCAUAUUGGACAUGCAACCACCUACAUAAAAUCAGACAUUAUUCGCCGAAUUUUAACGGAUUAUUUCAACAUCGAUGUGCUACUGGUAAUGGGUAUAACCAACAUCGAUGACAAAAUAAUCAAACGUUCCAUUGAGAUGAAACAGGACUUCAAGACUUUGUCAAAUCAUUUUGAAAUGGGAUUUUUGGAAGACAUGAAUAAGUUAAAUGUCCGUAAACCCUACAUGUACUGCAGAGUUACAGAUUAUGUGCCACAAAUUAUCAACUUUGUUGAGAAGCUUAUAGCUGAUGGCUAUGGUUACAUUACAAAAGAUGGGUCUGUCUAUUUUGAUACAAGCAAGUACAAUAGAUAUGGUAAACUAUCGACUCCCUUGCCUGAUACUGCUCAUCCAGAUAAGAAGUCUGCAUUGGACUUUGCUUUGUGGAAAGCAGCCAAAGAGAAUGAACCAUCCUGGCAAUGCCCAUGGGGUUAUGGUAGACCAGGAUGGCAUAUAGAGUGCAGUGUAAUUGCGAGUGCAGUCCUUGGAAAUUCUAUAGACAUGCACAGUGGUGGAAUAGAUCUGGCUUUUCCACAUCAUGAGAAUGAAGAAGCGCAAUCCUGCUGUUACCAUGGUAUUGAUCAAUGGGUGAAUUAUUGGCUCCACUGUGGUCACUUGCAUCUGAAAGGUGAUGUGAAGAUGUCGAAGAGUCUGAGAAACACUGUAAACAUACGUGAUUAUCUCGAAAAGUAUUCAGCAAAUCAUCUCAGAAUGCUCUGCUUACUUUCUCAUUAUCGAAAUGGACUUGAAUUUACGGACGAAAUUAUGCAGAAUGCGGUGUCCGUGACAAAAAAGAUUGAGAAUUUUGUAAGUGACUGCAAUACUUACGUUGUGGGUAAAUUGCAAACCGGCAAGAUCGAUGAAAAUCUCUUGCUUACUACGUUACAAAAUACGAAAAAUCAAAUUACGACAGCCUUGGCAGAUGAUUUUGACACCGCGCGGGCGAUGCACGCAAUAUUAGAUCUUGUGAGAAUAGGAAACAAAAUGCUCGGUCAGAAUGACGUAUCGUCGAGCAAUAACGUUAACGAUAGCCAUGCAAGUGCCGUUGCUGUAGUUUCGAAUUACGUUUCAAGUACUCUUUCGAAACUUGGAUUGUCGCAAUAUACAAUAUCAACAAAAGAUCGACGAAUUGAAGACAUCAUAGAAUACUUUCUGAAAUUCAGGACAGCUGUCAGGAACAUGGCACUCGAGAAUCCGAAGAAUAACGUUUUGAUGAAAAAAUGUGACAAUGCACGGGAAGAACUAUUCACUUGCGGGGUUCUAGUGAAGGAUCACAAAAACAGUUCCACUUGGAGGUGGAAGUAGCAUGUAGGAACAAAUUCUCCAAUUGUACAUUAAAAAACGUAUUAAAAUAAAAUAAAAAUGUAUUAAGGUAA